AUGGACACGGCAGGUGCACCCUUCACUCUUGACACGCUUCACCUCCCACGUGAAGUUGCUAUGGAGGCCCCUCCGCUUGCGUCGCUGUCCCUGACGCAUGUCCACUAUAAUCCCGCCGACCGCGUCUCCUACCUCUGCGCAUGGCUUGCGCUUGUGCCCCAGGGACUCUGCGUCGUCUAUGCGACGCUGAUAUGGUCAAAUCGCGAGAUUGAGAUAUUUCUCAUGUUCGCAGGCCAAAUGGCGUGUGAAGCGCUCAACUGGGUUCUGAAGAGAUACAUCAAGGAAGAGCGGCCGCGGGAAAUGCAUGGAAAGGGCUACGGAAUGCCCUCCUCGCAUGCCCAGUUCGUCUCCUUCUUCUCCGUCACCCUAGGCCUGUUUCUCCUCUUUCGGCACGUCCCACACCCGACCGAAACCCACACCCCCUUCUCCUUCGGCGGUCGCGUCCUCCUUUCGCUUCUAGCAAUGGUUUGCGCAGGAGCUGUAGCAGCAAGCAGGAUAUACUUGAGCUACCAUACACCAAAGCAAGUGGUGGUCGGAUGUGCCGCCGGAGCCCUCUUCGCUCUAGCUUGGUUCGGCUUCACCACCUUCUUGCGGAAGGCCGGUUGGAUAAACUGGGCUCUCGAGACCUGGGUCUUGAGGACGUUGCGCGUGCGAGAUCUCGUAGUACAAGAAGAUCUCGUUGAUUCUGGCUGGGCACGCUGGGAAGACCGAAGGAAACGGCAGGUCUUCCAAGUCCAGGGUAAGAAAAGCAGGUGA